UAUAAAACCCGACUCGAACUGGCUUUCAGUUCAGUUCAGUGUUUGCCAGUGAGACGAAAAUAGCUCUACGUAAGAAGAACCACCAUACAUAAACAUUUUAAAAAUGUUGAGGGUAUUUCAAGAAGCGAUGGCGCCGUCAAGGGUCCUGAUACCUUUGAGAACGUAUGCGAGGACUAUGAGCAGAACAACUGCUCCUAAACCUAAGGAAGAAGACAAGGAAUUCAAAUUGGAACUGGAUGUGAGCAGAUUCAGGCCUGAAGAGCUCAAAGUCACUGUUGACAAUGACCUAAUUAUCAUAGAUGGAUCGCACGAAGAAAGGUCAACCCAUGGUUACGUUUCAAGACAAUUCACUAGGAUGUUUAAAGUUCCAAACGGUGUUGAUGUCCGUUCCCUUGUGUCAAACCUCACAUCCGAUGGUGUACUUUCACUCAAAGCACCAAUAAAAGUUGUAGAGCCAACUACUUGGGAAAUUCCUAUAACACAUGUGAAGAAUGGAGAAGUCAAUUCGUCUAAUAGUAAACCAGAAGAGCCAAAAAAGUCAUGAAGAUGUUCACUUUUUUAAAUUUGAUUAAUGUAAAUGUAAUGUAAUUAUCUGAUCAAUUUAGAAAGACUGAAGUUAUACAGUAUUGUACCAGCUAUUAGGGCAACUACAUUUUCUAGUAAAAAUAAUAAUAUGGAAAAAAUAAGAAUAAAUCACUAAAUUAAA